AUGGUUCCUUGGCCUCUGGAGCCGGAGCCGGUACCUGGCAUGGACGAGGAGAUGGCCGUGUGUGAUGUCAUAACCUCACCCGGGACAUUGUUGUCAGAAGAUGUGGAUCCUCUUCUCAUCCGGGGCGUGCCCCUGGACCUGUGCAUGCAGAGCUGGGGGACACACUUCUCCACCGCUGAGUCGAAGAAUGUCAACACAAGGAUGAGGAUGAGCUACAGCCUCAGCCGCACCACCGACACGAUCGAUUGCUUCCUCAGCCACGAUUGGCAGACUUCUCGGUGGAAGAAGACGGUCGCAUUGCUCGUGAUCUUCAACAGCGUGCCUGCAGCGGUGACAAGUGUGCUGGUUAGCACGUUGGCAUCCGUGCUGCUCUGCUUUGACCUGCUGCCAGGUGGCUGGAUCACUGGCGGCUGCCUGGGUUACUUCAGCUUCAACCUGGUAUUCUUCUUCUGGCAGCGGCUGCGUCGCAUCCUGUGCUGCAGGCGAACGAUGGUCUUCUUUGAUCGCAUCUGCAUCGCCCAGCAUGACGAGCACCUCAAACAGGAGGGUAUUCUGAGCCUCGCUGGAAUCUUGGCGCAGUCGCGGAAGCUUGUGAUUCUCUGGUCGCCACACUACUUUACAAGGCUUUGGUGCACGUUCGAGCUCGGUGCCUUCUUGAAGGACAGCGAGAGUGAGAAGCCUGUGGAGUUCCUGCCGGUUUCAGUGGCGCUUCAACUGUUGCUGCAGUCGGCCUUCAUGACCGCUCUCUGCCUGGCUGUGCACAUCUCACUGUACAUCGAAGAAGCCGCUGCUGUGGAGAACUCGUCAGAUGCUGCCCUUCUCUUCUUCUUAAUUUGGGUGCUCCCUGCCGGCUUAGGCAUCCUUCCUGUUCUGCUUCACUACGGCCUGCAGCAUCUCGAGGACGUCCAGCAGCUUGGUGAGCAGCUGGCCAACUUCAGCGUGAGAGAUGCCGGCUGCACCUGCUGUACUGUGGACCACUGCGACCCAGCCACGGGGAACCAGCUGCUUUGUGACCGGGAGCUUAUAUUCCGAACGCUGAAGAGGUGGUAUCGCAACAGCGCUCUGGACUCUGGCGAGAAGGACCAUCACCUGGUUCGUUUCGAUGCCCUCGUCCGAGAACGGCUGAGCUCGUCAGUGCUUCCGAUGGUCGGCGCGGGGGUGCCCCCUGCAAGGUACAGGAUGGCCCUCUACUUGCCACUGUUGACAGCGGUGUUUCCGCAUUACCUUCACCUUGGGCGAGUGCGGCUGCGGGGUUGGGGUGUGGAACACUGGUUCAUGGCCUAUGGCGCCUUUGCUGCGACAGCCCUGUUGUUCUUCUGGCUGUGUUUCUUCUGCUGCCGGUUCAGUGUGAAGAAGAUCCGCAAAGCAGUCCCCAGAUGGGUCGUCAUCCCCUUCCUGCAAUCUUUGAUCCUCUUGCUGACCUUCACCUUUUGGAUCCCGUUCCGGGCAGUUCUUCGGAGGACCGGGAGCAGUCUGGCUGGUGGUGUUGUGAUGUCCUGCAUGUGGCUCAUCCUCGCUUGCAUCUACUCGACUCAGCCACUCCGUGCUUGCCGCAAAAUUGGCCAGUAA